UAUUUUACUAGCGCCAAAGCUCCUACUUAUUCUACACCUUUUAUAUUUUUUUAUAAUAUUAAACUAGAGUUAAGCUCAACAAAGUUUUUUUUUUCUACUAAUUUAGCUAAGCCUGUUCCCUUAGCUAUAGUUUUGCUAAAUAGUAAAUAG